CCGGCCCCCCCGGGGGUCCCCCCGCCCCACAUCUUGCCUCCGCUGCCUCCGUUCCAUCCCGGCAUGUUCCCCGUCAUGCAAGUGGAUAUGAUCAGCGUCCUGGGCAACCAGUGGGGCGGCAUGCCCAUGUCCUUCCAGAUGCAGACGCAGAUGCUGAGCCGCAUGAUGCAGGCCCAGAACACGUACCAGUACCCGCCCUUCGUGACGGGCCGCAUGCAGUUCGUGAACCUCCCGCCCUACCGCCCCUUCUCCAUGGGCGCCGCGCUCGGUCGCGGGCAGCAGUGGCCACCCCUGCCCAAGUUCGACCCCUCGGUUCCACCGCCGGGUUAUGAGCCGAAGAAGGAAGAUCCCCACAAAGCCACUGUGGAUGGAGUCCUCCUGGUCAUAGUGAAGGAGCUAAAGGCCAUCAUGAAGAGGGACCUGAACAGGAAGAUGGUUGAAGUGGUAGCGUUUCGGGCAUUUGAUGACUGGUGGGACAAGAAGGAGCGUCUGGCAAAGGCCUCUCUCACUCCAGUGAAGUCUGGAGGGGAGCUGGAGGAGAAGCCGAAGCCGAAGGAUCGGAUCGCGUCCUGUCUGCUGGAGAACUGGAACAAGGGCGAGGGGCUGGGCUACGAGGGCAUCGGGCUGGGCAUCGGGCUGCGCGGCGCCAUCCGCCUGCCGUCCUUCAAGGUGAAAAGAAAGGAGCCACCUGAAGCUGCCUCAGCAGGAGAUCAGAAGAGAAUCCGGCCUUCUACUUCUGUCGAUGAUGAAGAUGAAGAGUCAGAGAGGGACAGGGAUGCUUCUGAUACAACAUCUGACCUGUCAAAGAAGGAUGGAGAAGCAGUGGGGCUGAGGCGGCGACCAGCAAGGCCACUGGAGCUCGACAGUGAGGGAGAAGAGGGAGAUGAGACGUCGGGGAAAGAGGAAGAGUCCUCCUCAGAGAAGGAAGAGGAGCAGGAAGAAGAGGGAGGCUUGGUGAAAGCACCACCUGGCAAAGAGGAUGAUGAGGAUGAAGAUGAUGAUGAAGAGGAGGAUGAUGAUGAAGAGGAUGACGAAGAUGACGAUGAAGAGACAGGCAUCGACACGAGUGACAAGGAGGAGGAGCAGGACUCCGAGGAGGAUGUAGCAAGUCCGUCGUCUUCCAAGGCUGAAGUUGAAUCCUCUGAUGAAAGUGAUGACUCCUCUGAAUUCGAGUCGAGUUCAGACUCAGAUGAUGAGGAUGAUGAGGAUGACGAUGAUGAAGAUGAGGAAGAGGAAGAGGAGGAAGAGGUGGCUGAAGCUCAAGAGAGAGAAGCCAUGGUUGCCGAGACGGAGCAUGAACCUGCUGGUCAUGAGAUUCCUGAUGAUGAGAGGGAGACUAUUUUGGAGCUGUAUCCUGUGGAUGACUACAUGGAUGCAACAGAGUUGGGACUCACAGAGCCAGCUUUGGCAGUGAAAGAUGAAGGCAUGGAAGAAAUCAAGGCAGGGGAAGGUAUAUGUGGUGAAGUCCCAGAGGCAUCUAUUGCUGCUGAAACACUGAAACACUUGGUUAUGGAAAGAGACCAGGAGACAAAACUUGCACUGUCUCCCAUCUGUAGGCCAGAGGAAGAGCCUGAACCUGCGGCCAUGCUGGAGCCAGAGGCACAGGAAGGUCCAAAGCCUGAAUCUCAAGGUGAGGAGGAGGCGCUGUGUCUCUCGACUCCAGUGCGAGUCUUCGGAGAACCUCUGCCCAAUAAAAGCAGCUUCUUUAGCAAGUCUGAGGACAGCAGCUCAGAAGCUCAUGUUAAAACAAAACUGCCCUCUUCAGUGGAGGAAGACAGCCGGUUGCCUCGCACGCCCGGGCGGGAGGUGGUGAUCCAUGCAGAGACUGAUGCUCUCUUGCUUCCAGCCCACAAGGUGCCAUGCUCCAUGCUUCCCUUACCAACAACUCCCGGAAAGGAAGAACCUUUAGUCCCUCCAGAGAAGUUCCCUGAACAAUUAAUGGUGACCAAAACGUCUGUGGAAGAGGAGAUUCCUAGGACUCCUGGGCGGGACAUUUUGGCCAAGUCUUCACACCCCCUUGUGAAGUCCCAGAGCACGGACACUGUUCCAGCCACGCCAGGAAGCGACGCUCCCCUUACAGGAAGCAGCUUGACCCUCAGUUCCCCUCAAGUCCCAGGGAGCCCCUUUUCCUACCCAUCCCAGUCUCCUGGCAUUAACAGUGGCAUUCCUCGGACUCCUGGGAGGGAUUUCAAUUUCACACCUACUUUCCCAGAGGCUGGUGCUACCAUUCCUUGCCUUCUGUCUGGCAAGAAACAGUCAGAGGAUGAGCUAGAUGAGAAACCCUUUAAAGAGCCUCUUGGUGCUUCCCUUACGAUCAGCAUGAACAGUGUUCCUUCCCCUAUCCCCUUUGCCAGUCCCCCCCAGGCAGACUUCCACACGGACAUGGGUUUGCCACCUAAUGAGCCAAUAGCUGUAGCAGCCCUGCAGUGCAUGCAUGGAGAUGGAAGAAUGCCCAUCGAGGAAUGCAAGGCAGACAUAAAAUCUGUUUUGCUCUCACCAGAGGUACCCACUGGUGCUUCUCACCUUCCUCCCCCCCCACCACCUUCUGUUCUUCCCAAAAGGAGGCCAGGUCGGCCAAAACGGUCACCGCCUUCUGUCCUCUCCCUGGACGCGUACUCGGGCAAAGCCAUGGAACCUCCACCUGUGCCAGUGGCCCUGGUGGAAAGUGCUGUGGGCAAAGAGCUCUUGAGUGGACAUCCUGAUGCUUUCUAUGGACUGAAAGACCCUGAAGCCGUCACCCUGGACUUCAGGAAUGAUGGGUUCCAUGAGAAGGCAGCAGCUGAGGCCGUUGCAGAGAAACUGCCUUUUAAGGAGCUGGAGAACCAGUGGAACGAGGACUUCAAGGAAGAGGAAGGUCAUGCAAAACCUAAAAGACAGUGGCGAAGGCAGAAGACGACACCUGAGGACCUCCCAGUGAUUCCUUCCCCUGAGUAUUCCCCACCCCGGCCCCAGUUCAGGCCACGUUCCGAAUUUGAGGAGAUGACUAUUUUGUAUGAUAUCUGGAACGGAGGCAUAGAUGAGGAAGAUAUCAAAUUCAUGUGCAUCACCUACGACCGCCUGUUACAGCAGGACAAUGGUAUGGACUGGCUCAACGACACCCUCUGGGUUUUCCAUCCCUCUACUAGCUUUUCUACUCCCAAGAAGAAGAAGCGGGACGAUGGGAUGCGGGAGCACGUGACGGGCUGUGCACGAAGUGAAGGCUAUUACAAAAUUGAUAAGAAGGACAAAGUUAAAUACCUCAACAAUAGCCGAGCUUUUGCAGAGGAGCCUCCAGCUGACACACAGGGUAUGAGCAUCCCUGCCCAACCUCACGCUUCCACCCGGGCUGGCUCCGAGCGGCGGUCAGAGCAGCGCAGGCUCCUCUCCUCCUUCACUGGGAGCUGUGACAGUGACCUGCUCAAGUUCAACCAGCUCAAGUUCCGGAAGAAAAAACUAAAAUUCUGCAAGAGCCACAUCCAUGACUGGGGCCUUUUUGCUAUGGAGCCCAUUGCAGCUGAUGAGAUGGUGAUUGAAUACGUGGGUCAGAACAUCAGGCAGGUCAUUGCUGACAUGCGUGAGAAGCGCUACGAGGACGAGGGCAUCGGCAGCAGUUACAUGUUCAGGGUCGACCACGACACCAUCAUCGAUGCCACCAAGUGUGGAAACUUUGCCAGGUUCAUUAACCACAGCUGCAAUCCAAAUUGUUACGCUAAAGUGAUCACGGUGGAGUCCCAGAAGAAGAUCGUCAUCUACUCCAAACAGCACAUCAAUGUGAAUGAGGAAAUUACCUACGACUACAAGUUUCCCAUUGAGGAUGUAAAAAUCCCUUGUCUAUGUGGCUCUGAGAACUGCAGGGGAACCCUGAACUGAACUCAAGGUUUCUCGUCACACUUGCACCUUCGGCCAUGUCAAAACUGUGGUAACCAGGUGUGGUUGCACUUUGCCAAAAAAAA